GAGGGGAGGUGGGCAAGAUGGCGUCCGGCGAGUGAUUCACCCUAGAUACGUCCAGCCGCCGCUGAGACACCGGGGCGGGGGGUCCUGCCCCCAUUGCCGCCCUUCCUCCUCUCCCCCGCCCCUGGAGACCCCCUUCUACCUUUCCUCCCUCUACCUCGGGGUGGGGGUGGGGGAGCGGGCCUGGUUCCCGGGACACCAUGUCGGACUCUGAGGAGGAGAGCCAGGACCGGCAACUGAAAAUCGUCGUGCUGGGGGACGGCACCUCCGGGAAGACCUCCUUAGCUACGUGUUUUGCUCAAGAAACUUUUGGGAAACAGUACAAACAAACUAUAGGACUGGAUUUCUUUUUGAGAAGGAUAACAUUGCCAGGGAACUUGAAUGUUACUCUUCAAGUUUGGGAUAUAGGAGGACAGACAAUAGGAGGCAAGAUGUUGGAUAAAUAUAUCUAUGGAGCACAGGGAAUCCUCUUGGUAUAUGAUAUUACAAAUUAUCAAAGCUUUGAGAAUUUAGAAGACUGGUAUUCUGUGGUGAAGAAAGUGAGCGAGGAGUCAGAAACUCAGCCACUGGUUGCCUUGGUGGGCAAUAAAAUUGAUUUGGAGCACAUGCGAACAGUAAAACCUGAAAAACACUUACGGUUUUGCCGGGAAAAUGGUUUUAGUAGCCACUUUGUCUCAGCAAAGACAGGAGACUCGGUCUUCCUGUGUUUUCAGAAAGUUGCUGCUGAAAUCCUUGGAAUCAAGUUAAACAAAGCAGAAAUAGAACAGUCACAGCAUAUUGUCAGGGCAGAAAUAGUGAAGUACCCGGAAGAAGAUAAUCAACAUACCAACUCUGCUCAGAGUAGAAUCUGUUCAGUACAGUAGUGCAGAGGGUGGUGAAGGCAGAUAUUGUAAACUACAACCAGGAACCUAUGUCGAGAACUGUUAACCCUCCCAGGAGCUCUAUGUGUGCAGUUCAGUGAGCGCACGUUACCUUUGCACCCGUGGUCCUGGCUGCCCUUCGCCCCGUGUGGGCCCAGGGCCUUUAGAAGCUCUGUUAUCAGUGGCCAUCUCUGUAGUGUUCAGUUAACACUUUCCUCCCGGCUUCCUCGGCGCGGCCGCCACGGCCUCCGGCAGCUCCUCGGCCCGGACGGAUUGCACUGGAUUGCACUUCGGGACAACACACUUGGAAUCCAACAUGGAAAGCCCCUUGUCUGGCAUUAGAAUGCUUCACUGAAAAGGAAUGAUGCUGGUUCUCUUUCCCGUCUUUUAUCUCUGACGUAAACCUUUUUAGACAAGUGUGAAGACUGUGCUAGUCUUGACCGGCAGCCAGGAUGUGGCCGGCACGGUUUCACUCUCUCACCUGAACUCCUGCCUGGCGGGGCGCUUCCCACUGCACACGUUUAGAUAACUUAUAUAUUUUAUCUACAGAUACUUCAGAAGGCAUUCUUUUGCUGUCUAUUGUGAGUGAAAAUAUAUAAAGUUGUAUCCAAAUGAAAAUGCUUGAAAUAAAGCUGUAAUCUAUUUUUUUCAUUUUUUUAAAAAGGGCCUAAAUUGUUGGUAUUGUAACCGUAGCUCACAGUGUCGUACUUGCUGUCGUAUUUUUAUUCCUGAGUCAUGGUCACUACGUAUUGUGUCACUGAGGUGCGAUGGCUUUCUGAUGUGUUCAGCUGAUGUCUCCUCCGACCCGUCCGUGCUCCUGGCACGAGGCACGGCUGUUGUUGGAUCGUUGUGGGUCAGACUGUACCUGAUGUUCAGAUGUUCUUCUCCUGCAAAUAAACUUAUUUCAGUUAC